AUGCCUUCCCAAGUGGCGACGUGUCUGCGCCUCGCGCGCCAGUUCUCUGCGAACCCAAGCAAGCACCAACGGUUUCUUGCUCGCGCUUUCUCCAGCACGAUCAUUCGGCCUGAGAUCAACAAGGUCGUUGGAUCGGCAGAGCUCGCAGUCAAGGACAUGAAAUCCAACUCGACGCUGUUGGCUGGUGGAUUCGGUCUCUCCGGUGUCCCGGAUACUCUGAUCAAUGCUGUGAAGGCCAAUCCGUCGAUCACGGGCCUUACCGUGGUCAGCAACAACGCCGGUGUCGACGGUGCCGGUCUCGGCCUGCUUCUCGAGUCCAAGCAGAUCAAAAAGAUGGUCGCCAGCUACGUCGGCGAGAACAAGACCUUUGAGCGCAUGUACUUGACGGGUGAAAUUGAGCUUGAGUUGACGCCCCAGGGUACCCUGGCGGAACGGUGCCGGGCCGGCGGUGCAGGCAUCCCGGCCUUCUAUACCCCUGCCGCCUUUGGCACGGUUGUCCAGACGGGCGAGCUGCCUCUGCGACACAACUCUGAUGGAACGGUCGCCGUCUACGGCGAGCCCCGCGACGUGAAGGUCUUCGACGGCAAGAGCUACGUCAUGGAGGAGGCCAUUAAGGGCGACUACGCCUUUGUGAAGGCCUGGAAGGCCGAUAAGUUGGGUAACUGCCAGUUUCGCUUCGCGGCCGCCAACUUCAACGGCGCCAUGGGGCGUAAUGCUAAGAUGACUAUUGUCGAGGCCGAGCAUAUCGUUGAACCUGGCGAGAUCGAGCCCGCUGCCAUCCAUCUUCCCGGUAUCUACGUUAAGCGCGUUGUCCAGAGCACCGCCCCUAAGAACAUUGAGAAGUAUACCUUCGCUAAGGACGAGGGCGACGACACUGCUGCUCUGGGCAAGGGCGAUACCGCCGCCAAGCGCGAACGUAUCGUCCGCCGUGCCGCUAAGGAGUUCAAGAAUGGCAUGUACGCCAACCUGGGUAUCGGUAUGCCGAUGCUGGCCCCCAACUUCGUCGACCCCUCUGUCGAGGUCCAGCUUCAGUCUGAAAACGGCAUUCUCGGCUUGGGCCCCUACCCUAAGAAGGGACAGGAAGACCCUGAUCUCAUCAACGCUGGCAAGGAGACCGUCACCCUUCUCCCUGGUGCGGCCACCUUCGGCAGUGACGAGUCCUUCGGUAUGAUCCGCUCCGGCCGCAUCGAUCUGACUAUCCUGGGCGCGAUGCAGGUGAGCGCUCGCGGCGACCUGGCCAACUGGAUGCUUCCUGGUAAGAUCAAGGGCUUCGGCGGCGCGAUGGACCUUGUCUCCAACCCGUCGGCCACCAAGGUCGUGGUGACGAUGGAGCACACUGAUAAGAAGGGCAACCCCAAGAUCGUCAAGCAGUGCGAGUUCCCUCUCACUGGAAAGACCUGCGUGAGCCGGAUCAUCACGGAACUGUGCGUGUUCGACGUCGACUUCACGGACGGUCUGACGUUGGUCGAGCUGGCGGACGGUGUGACUGUCGACGAGGUGCGGAGCAAGACCGGGGCGCCGUUCAAGGUGGCCGAUGAUGUGAAGCCCAUGCUGUAA